AUGAAAUUGCCCUUUGAGCUUGAGUUCGAAGAUCAAGCACCAAAAAUGCUUCAAAAGGACAAAGAUGCCUUAGGAAACACCUUGGUUACCUUCACCAACAAAAAUAACAACAGCUUACAGAUAAAUUUUCUAGCUUGGCAUGAGAAGGUUGUGGCAUGGGAGCAAAAUUGUCAUGAGUUUAGCACUGAAGAGAAAACUAAGUGUUCCUAG